UAUAUAAUAUAAAAAGGAAUCCAAGAUAAAUAACUCAAAUUUGAAGUCAUUUAUUCAUGAUUGUUCUCUUCCUUAUCUGAAUUGAGAGAUUAGUUUUAGCGGUGGAUCGAUGGGCACUAGUAGUAGGAGGCACGCCGCUUUCCUCUGCUUACUUAUCGUGUUGGAAACAUUUUCUCAGGUUUCUGCUAACGCUGAAGGGGAUGCGUUGAAUGCAUUGAAGACUAAUCUGGCCGAUCCGAACAACGUUCUUCAAGAUUGGGAUCCGACCCUCGUCAAUCCUUGUACAUGGCUUCGUGUCACAUGCAAUACUCACAAUUUUGUUACGCGUGUUGAUCUUGGCGAUGCGAGUUUGUCUGGUCAACUAGUUCCGCAGCUUGGGCAGCUCCGACAUUUGCAGUACUUGGAACUCUACAACAACAAUAUUAGCGGAGUAAUCCCGAGGGAGAUUGGAAAGCUGAAGCAGCUGAUAAGUUUGGAUCUGUAUCUUAACAAGCUAAGGGGUCACAUUCCUACCACGUUGGGCAAUCUUAAACGACUGCGUUUCCUGAGGCUCCAUCAUAACUAUUUAAGCGGACACAUUCCCAUGUCCCUCACCACCAUCACCACACUUCAAGUCCUUGAUCUCUCAAAUAACCAACUGACGGGCCCAAUUCCUGUUAACGGAUCCUUCGGUUUGUUUACUCCUAUCAGUUUUGCUAAUAAUUCGUUGGAAUAUCCUCUUCCCACCACCCCAUCGCCGUCACCAUUGCCGUCUUAUAACGCUCCGUGAUUGCUUGCUAUCGCAAUAUUUAUAACUAUUUCCGUUUGCUACAUCAAUAAACGUAUAAGUGUAGUGUUUGUCUAAUGAGUAUCUAUGUUAUACUUAUAUUUGUGUAGUGUUUGUCUAAUGAGUAUCUAUGUUAUAAACUUGUGUAUGAUGUAGCAGUCUCCACAUUUCCUUCUGUUAAAGAGAGAAAUCUCAAACGGUGUGAGGGUGCACUAUCGAAAAUUCUCAUUCCUUAUGUAGUAUCGACUUAUUAAUACUAUAAAUCUCAUAUCUUGUGUAAUAGCAACAUAUACUUUGUGGAAAGAGAUGUAUUUUGGCGCUUAUUGUGACUUUGAAUCAAACUUGUCGAGUUUGAGUA